UGUGGUAGAAUAGAAAAGAUUUUGUAUGGCUAUCAGAUUCAGUGCUAGGAAUGAAGUCCUUUUGAUAAAGAGCGUCAAACCUCCUUUGCAACUUGCUAAAACCUCUCAUAGUUCGCAGUUCGCUUUCUACUGCGCAAAUCUGGAUUAGUGGAACCGACGAGUGUAAAAUAAAAAAAAUAAAAAAUAAAAAAUAAAAAACUAUGGUGAACUCAUCUAUAUAAACACAUAUUUCCACAUGUAUAUGAUCCACAUAUCAGAGUCAUAAGCCUCUUUAUCCAAUUUAUUCUUCGACGUUCAACCAUCAGCAGCCAAAAUGGAAAACGCCAGCAGCGGAACUAACAACGGGAAGAAGCCAAGUCGGUUGCCGAAGAGGAUCAUACUGGUGCGCCAUGGCGAGAGUGAGGGUAACGUAGACAAAAAUAUCUACGCUAUCACACCUGACCAUAAAGUUCAGCUCACAGAGAAAGGCAAAGAGCAAUCCAAGAAGGCCGGGGAGAUGAUCCGCGGCCUAGUUUGUGACAGCAGGAAUUCAGGAAAAGGGAAGGUGUAUUUCUAUGUAUCUCCCUUCUUGCGCACCCGUGAGACACUGAAAGAGAUAGGCGCUGCAUUUUCCAGCAGCGAGAUCAUCGGGGUAAGAGAAGAAAGCAGGGUGAGAGAAAUGGACUAUGCCAAAUUUCAUAAUACAGAGAAGAUGGACGAGUAUAAGAAGGAAAGAGAGAGAUAUGGAAAGUUCUUUUACCGGUUUCCCGGUGGAGAAUCUGCCGCCGAUGUGUACGACAGGGUUUCAGGUUUUAUCGAAUCUCUAUGGAGGGACAUAGACAUGGACAUGAUUUCCUAUGGUGCUAACGACGACAUAAAUCUUAUUAUAAUCAGUCACGGGCUGACCAUUCGAGUUUUGCUCAUGAGAUUGUUUAGAUGGACAGCAGAACAAGUUGACAACCUAACAAGUCCCAAAAAUGCCGAGGUUCGAAUCAUGGAGUUAGGGCAUGAGGGUGAGUACAGCCUUGCAUUACAUCAUGAUGAUCAAACAUUAGAGAAAUGGGGACUUUCUCCCGAAAUGAUUGCUAAUCAAAAGCUAAGGGCUUACCCACCUAAGGUUGACCUUGACAAGCGCGUCUUCUCUACUAAUUACUUUGAUCAUUUGGCCAACAUUUUUAAUCUUGAUGUUAAGAAAAAAUAAAGUGUUGCCAAUAACUCAAUUAUUGUGUUGUUUAUGCGGAAGGUUAUGUAAGAAACAUUUGGUUUGAUUGCUUUGAUUUUGUAAUUUCCAUGAUUUUUAGGCGUAAAACCAUUGGAGGUAUUUUUGUUA